AUGACGCCAAAUACUACCCAGUGGUGUACACCUGACCACCAGCGACGACACUGCAGCGUCAACCUCACCAUCUCACCUCCUCACCUGGGUCGCCGCACAGCACACCAAAGCAGCAAAGUCCGAAUCAACUCCCGGAAAAACGCACGGAUAUACGGCACCGGGGCAUUGAAUCAAAUUUCAUGGGGUCGAGAAUCCACAGGACUACCGCCCUUUGAACCAACAACGGACAGAGAAGCAAAAGCAGCAGAACCAAUGUCCUUUGACGAAUUCAACUCACCGCCACGAUCCCCCAAACGGCGAAGAAUCUUGGCCUCUUACAACCCUGUUCCUGUUGCGCCUGCCAAAACCGAUGCUGAGGCACUAGAUGGUAGCAGUGCAAGGGGUGUUGGUGGGGGUAGUAGGAGCAAGCACCGCUCGCAGGAUCCAGAGUUGGACAGGGGCCGGUCACGGUCAACUUCAGCAGCGGCUGAGCCUCCAAAGGGCAGCAGGACGGAGAGGGGUACCAGCCAUGACCGCGAUGAUCCCAUGACCGGCGUUGGGGAGGAUGUCACUGGUGGGGAGGGGGAUGGUGAGCGUGAACGUGUGCGUGAACGCAAAAGGGAUAGGGAGGGUGAUGGGGACCAGGAUCAGGACUCCGAAGGGAGGAUGAGGGAGAAGAAGCCUAAGGUGACCAAGUUUCGAUUUAAGGACAAGGAUAGGGAAUCACGGAGGAGGAGGAGGAGACGAUCACGGACGCGGUCACGAUCACGAUCGCGCUCUCCUAGAUCAGACCGGCACCGUAGUCGCCGGCAUCACCCCGAGGAGGAUGACCGCGAUGGCCGGGGAAGGGAGCGGAGGAGAUCUAGAGGUAGGAGCAGAGACCGCGACCGGGACAGGGAUAGGGAUGAAGAGACUAAGGACAGCGAACCCCGUCGCAAACAUCGCCAUCGUCACCACCACCGCCGGCACCGUCGCCAUCGCUCACCUACCCCACAACAAGAGCUGCCUGAUCAUCCAGAAGACCCCUUCGCCGAACCCCCGCUGGAUCCCGAAGCCGCUUUCCGCGAGUCUCUCUUUGACGCCAUGGCAGACGACGAAGGAGCCGCCUACUGGGAAGGCGUCUACGGCCAACCAAUCCACGUGUACUCAUCCGCGCGGGAACGGGUCAACCCUGAGGGCGAGCUCGAACGGAUGACGGACGAGGAGUACGCUGCCUAUGUCCGGCAGAGGAUGUGGGAGAAGACGCACCAGGGCCUGCUGGAAGAGCGGGAGCGGAGACAAAAGAGGAAAGAGGAAGAGAGGAGGAGGGAAGAGGAGGAGCGGAGGAUCGCCAAGGAGAUGGAGCGGAGCUUGAAGAGGGGAGAGGAGAGAAGAAAGAGGAGGGUGUGGAAGGACAGGUGGGAGGAGUAUCUCAAGGCGUGGGGGGACUUUGCUGCUGCCGCUACGGAAGGUGGUGCGAAGAUUGACGUGGCGAGGAUUCCUUGGCCUGUCAACAGGGAGGUGGUGGGUGGAAAGAUUGAGGAGAUGGAUCCAGAAACGGUUAGGGCUUUCUUUGUGCACGGGAUAGGUCUGGAAGAGUUGGGAGAGAAAGAGUUUGCGGCAAGGUUGAAGGACGAGAGAGUUCGCUGGCAUCCGGAUAAGAUGCAGCAGCGGUUGGGAGGGGACGUGGAUGCUGCCAUUAUGAGGGACGUGACGGCGAUUUUCCAGAUUGUGGAUAAGCUGUGGAAUGAUACACGCAAGAGCUCAUGAUGUCUGAUUUAUGGUGGGAUAAAGUUGCAAAGGAUGGCGUUGUGAGUUUGCUGGAUUUAGUACUGCGGUAGCUUCACCAUAUUCUCAGCGGUCAGUAGAGUCUUAUCUGGCUGAUGUUGUGACGCAAUGGAGCGCAUGAUCAGACGCGCUAUAGCGAUACAGAUAAUAGAACAAUAACCUUUCCUACUUGU